UCCGAGCCUCCCUUCUUGUCACCACAAUUCCUUCUUACUUAAAGCUUCAUCUCGUGUGUUUUCGUGGCGGUCGAACGUCUGUUUCCCAGCGCGAGCGCUCAGGCGGUCGGAGUGAUCCCUCGUCGCGUCUCUCGCCCCAUCUUCGUUUGCAGCCGCAGGUUGCUCACCUGUGUGUCGGCGUGCACGCGCCUCCAUUCCGAUAGUGCGCGGCCGCGCGUACCGACCGACCAAACCAACCGACGGAGCCAAGUCGAGGAAAGCCGCUUCCUCCAGGCCGGCUCUCGUCGUGCCCCCGACGGACUACCGCACCGCUUACGCCACGUCGACUCAAGAUAACAACAACAAAACUAUCCGAAGAACAAACAGUCGCUUUCCGCUCGGAGUUGACGACGGGGCGGCCAUGCUGGACCCGUCCUCCAGCGAAGACACCGGCGGGGAGUCCGACACGGAAGUUGCCCGGGAGGCCUCCGGGAAAGCGGACGGCUCCUCGGCGGCCAAGAGCCGAGCGGGCGACCGGCAGCGACAGCAGACACCGCUGCAGAAGGAGCGACCGCCCUGCGCCGCCGCCGACGCCGCCGCCGCCGGCCAAAGUGCUCGCCACCGCCGCGGCGGCUCCGCGGGUGAGGAAGAGGAGAGGCGAGAACGCGAGCGUCUACAGCGGGAGGAAGAGGAACACAAAGUCAAGUUGCAGAUUUACGUCUUCGUCCUGCGGUGCAUCGCUUACCCGUUUAACGCCAAGCAGCCCACCGACAUGGCCCGGCGGCAGCAGAAGGUGAACAAGCAGCAGCUCCAGGUGGUCAAGGAGCGUUUCCUGGCCUUCCUCAACGGGGAAACUCAGAUUAUCGCCGACGAAGCCUUCUGCAACGCCGUCAGGAGCUACUAUGAGGGUUUCCUGAAGAGCGAGCGCGUGUGCCGCAUGGUGCAGAGCGGCAGCUGCUCGGCCGGCGACUUCCGCGAGGUCUUCAAGAAGAACAUCGAGCGUCGCGUGCGCAGCCUCCCCGAAAUCGACGGCUUGAGCAAAGAGACGGUGCUGACCUCCUGGAUCGCCAAGUACGACGCCAUCUACAGGGGCGACGAGGACGUGCGGCGCCAGCCCCAGCGGGCUCACCUCAGCUCCGUGUCCGAGCUGAUCCUCAGCAAGGAGCAACUCUACGAGAUGUUCCAGCACAUCCUCGGCAUCAGGAAGUUUGAGCACCAGCUGCUCUACAACGCCUGCCAGCUGGACAAUGUGGACGAGCAGGCGGCGCAGAUUCGCCGAGAGCUGGACGGACGAUUGCAGCUGGUGGAGCGAAUCGCCAGGGAGAGGAGAUGGCCGAAGUUGGUGUCGCCCGACAUGGACGCCCUCUACGCCGAGGAGCUGCGCUCGUCCAUUAACCUGCUGAUGGCCAACCUGGAGAGCCUCCCCGUGUCCAAAGGCGGACCCGACUUCAAGCAGAAGCUCAAGCGCUCCUCCGUCAACAACUCCUUCCUGGACCUCGGCGACGAAGUCGACGUGUUGUCCAAAUCCGACGUGUUGCUCUCCUUCACGCUGGAGGUGGUGAUCGUGGAGGUCCAGGGGCUGAAGUCGGUGGCUCCCAACAAGAUCGUGUACUGCACCAUGGAAGUGGAAGGAGGCGAGAAACUGCAGACGGACCAGGCGGAGGCCUCCAGACCGCAGUGGGCGACGCAGGGCGACUUCUGCACGACGCAGCCUCUGCCCUCCGUCAAAGUCAAACUUUUCAUGGAGAGCACUGGCGUUCUGGCCCUGGAAGACAAGGAGCUGGGUCGAGUGGUCCUGCGCCCCACCACCAACGGGCCCAAGCAGGGCGAGUUCCACCGCAUGGCGGUCCCCAAGAACAGCCAGGACACGGAGCUGAAGAUCAAACUGGCCGUGCGCAUGGACAAACCGCCCAACAUGAAGCACAGCGGGUAUUUGUACGCGCUGGGACAUCGCGUGUGGAAAUGCUGGAAAAGGAGGUACUUUGUUCUGGUGCAAGUGAGCCAGUACACGUUCGCCAUGUGCAGCUACCGAGAGAAGAAGGCCGAACCUCAGGAGCUGAUGCAGCUGGAAGGCUACACGGUGGACUACUGCCACCCGCAGCCAGGCCUGCAGGGGGGCCGCGUGUUCUUCAACGCGGUGCGCGAGGGCGACCUGGUGGUGUUUGCCUGCGACGACGAGCAAGACCGCCUCCUGUGGGUGCAGGCCGUGUACCGCGCCACCGGGCAGUCCUACAAGCCCGCGCCGCCCCCCCAAAGCAAGAACGCCAACAGCUGCGGGCCCGCCGCCAGACACCAGCCCGCCUCGCCCACCGGUCUGGAUCCGGGCGAGCGGCAGGGCGUGGAGGAGCCGGCGGCGGCGGCCCCGUGUCGUUUCGACCACGCGCGCCUCUUCGCCAUUUUGCAGAAGCAAACGCUGCAGCACCGCAUGAACGACUCCUUCUCCUGCCUGGGUUGGUUCAGUCCGGGUCAGGUGUUCGUUCUGGACGAGUACUGCGCCCGCUACGGCGUUCGCGGCUGCCAGCGUCACCUGAGCUACUUGAAGGACCUGAUGGACUUCUCUGAGGACAACACCAUGGUGGACCCGAAGCUGCUGCACUACAGCUACGCCUUCUGCGCCUCGCACGUACACGGAAACAGACCUGACGGGAUGGGGACGGUGACGCUGGAGGAGAAGGACCAGUUCCAGGCCGUCAGGAGUCGACUCGUGCUGCUGCUGGAGAACCACAUUACGCACUUCAGGUACUGCUUCCCUUUCGGACGACCAGAUGGCGCCCUGAAGGCCACGCUCUCCCUGCAGGAGCGGAUUCUAAUGAAGGACAUAACCACGCCGGUUCCGACGGAGGAGAUGAAGAAGGUGGUGCAGAGGUGUCUGGAAAAAGCAGCGGGGAUCAACUACAGCCAGCUAAUCGAGUACGCUAACAUGAAGGCGGAGCCCGAAGUGGACGCGGAAAAGAGGCUGGAGGACGCCGUGCGGCUGGCCGAGCUCGUCAUUGAAGUCCUGCAGCAGAACGAAGAACAUCACGGAGAGGCGUUUUCGCUGUGGCCCCAGUUGAUGUGCGAGCACGCCGAGAGCUUCCUGUCCCUGUACCGCGUGGACAUGGACUCGUCCCUGCAGGUGCAGCCGGCGGACUCGUGGAGCAGCUUCCCGCUCUUCCAGCUCCUCAACGGAUUCCUCAGCACAGAGCCCCAGCUGCGCAACGGGCCCUUCCACAAGCACCUGCAGGAGCUUUUCGUCCCCCUGGUGGUGCGCUACAUCGACCUGAUGGAGUCGUCCGUGGCGCAGUCGGUCCACCGCGGAUUCCAGCAGGAGACCUGGCAGUCCGUCAAAAACGGCUCGGCCACGUCGGAGGAUCUCUUCUGGAAGCUGAACGCGCUUCAGAUGUUCGUGUCGGACCUCGACUGGCCCGAGGCCGAGUUCGCCGAGCACCUGGAGCGGCGGCUCAAGCUGAUGGCCAGCGACAUGACGGAGGCCUGCGUCAAGAGGACCAAAUGCGCCUUCGACGGCAAAAUGCAGAAAGCCAACAAGUCGACGGACCUCCGCGUGCCGCCGUGCGUGUGUACCAUGUUGAACAUCCUCGCGGACGCCAAGAGGCAGUGCUCCAAACUCUGCGUGCUGGACGGCAGCCAGGAGACGGACAAACAAUGGCAACAUUACCACUCCAAAGUGGACGUGCUCAUCGACGACGCCUUCAAAGACAUGAUUUCUACGCUCGUAUCGAAGUUGCGUGCGGUGUUGGACACGGUUCUGUCCAAGCUGUCGAGAUACGACGAAGGAACGCUCUUCUCUUCCAUCCUCUCCUUCACGGUGAAAGCAGCUGCCAAAUAUGUCGAAGUUCCCAAAUCGGGUGCGGACCUGGCCGACACCUACAUCACGUUCGUGCGUCAGAACCAAGACAUCCUCCGCGAGCGCAUCGACGACGAACUCUACGUCGAGAAAGUCUUUGACCAAUGGUACAGCGUGUCCACGAAGGCGGUGUGCGUGUGGUUGGCGGACCGACUGGACCUCCAGCUGGACCUGUACCAGCUCAAGACCCUCAUCAAGAUCGUCAAGAAGAGCUACCGCGACUUCCGCCUUCAGGGCGUGCUGGACGCCACGCUCAACAACAAAAGCUACGAAACGAUCUACAAGCGUCUGACGGUGGAGGAGGCCACGCUGGCCGUCAAGGCGGGGGGCGGCCUGGACGGCGUCAGCAUGCGGGACAGCGACCAAGACGACGACUGAAUCGUAGUCACCUUAAAACGUCGGGCGUCGCGUCAGCGAAGAAAUCAAAGGCCACGAGCUAAGCUAAUGUAGCAUUUGUGUUGUUCUAGUGCCGCUAAUGUUAGCAAACCAAAUGAGGUGGGUCGGUAUGUACGGUGGCUAUAAAAAGUCGGCACGCCCGUCGUCAAAUGCCAGCUUUUUUCGUGAUGUAAAAAAAAAAAAAUAAAUAAAAAUGAGACUGGUUUUUGUCAAGAAAAGCCUACUAGAUCAUCUAAAGCUAAUUCGGGGUUAAUCAGAGGCGCUGUAAAUGGUGGCAGGUGUGCGCUGACUGCCGUCUAACGUGAAUUUGAAUGUGAACCGGAGAAGGUGUGCGCACUUGUGCGACCGCACGAUCCCACUUGUUUGUUUUCACUCAGACUUUGGAAAAGUUCGAUUUGAGGCUUUUAGUUGAGUUGGAAUGUCACAUUAAAAUGUGGUGGGGGGGGGGGGGGGGGGGGGGGAUGUUGAAAUCACCAAAAAAAAAGCUGACAUUCGACCAGGGCUGCGGAGACUUUUAUACUCGCUUCAGGUCGGUCGUAAAAAAAAAAAAAAAAUGUUAGUCUUGUACUGUAUUUCAAGUUGACACCGUGCUCAAAUUAGCCGCCACGUUUGUCAUCAGCGGUCGACAAAUUAAAUGCCUGCCCUCGCAUACGUUUUUUUAAGAAUACAUUUUCAAAUCUUUUUUUGCCAAUCUGUCCGCAUUCACACUCGAGCCCACGUCAAUUCCGUCGCUAGCCGAAACAGCGGCACCUAAACGGUCUCUCGAACAAAUCGUCCCCUUGAGGAAAUUGACACCUCCCUUUCAAUAGACCCCGCCCCCUUGUGCGGAAAUUCAAGAGUUAACUGCUGACUGAGCCUAUUUGACCUCGGUUUGCUAACCGAAACAGCAGCAAGCGAUGUUUUCCGCGGAACGCCAGAACCUUUUGGUGAACAGCGAGACGAUAAUGACGACGACGAGUCAUUUUCGUGGACACGUUCUUGUAUCGUUUGUAGUCUGCAUAUGAUUCAUAUUUGACAAAUGAAAAGUUCAAGAAUUGCGCGAGCCAAUCACGUGACAGCCCGAAACCGGGCUUCUUUGAAUUGACGUCAUUGGAACGCGAUUGCAACGUUCAAUUUGUAUUUUGUUGGAUUAUUUUCGAGGCAAAUGACGUCACUUUGGCACAUUUGAAUUACGUGCAACCGAUUUGUUUUGGGUCGAACGAACCCAAUUAUUGAUUACGAAAAAUCGCGACCAUUUAUGCUAUUUGUGUUUUUUUUUGCACAUCGUUGAAUGCUUUUUAUUGUCAUUGAAGUUGUUUCAGAACGCGGGAAAAAAAAUGGACGGAUGAUGAUGAUGAUGAUGUAUUCUGCUUCCGAGCGUGUCACGUGUUGUCCAAUAAAAAUGUUUUUCAAGCA